GCUGACCGUCGAGUUUUUGAGUUGUUGGCUCAAUAAUUUUCAUUUUAUAAAUUUGUAUAGUUUCUUUUCCUACAUUACAUUUAUAACUUAUUAAAAUGGAGCAAUGGAUAAGUGAGAAUUUGUCUAAAAUUCUAGACUUUCAAGUUCCUGAGGAUCUCAUCCAGUAUAUUCAAUCGAUACAAAAUGAAAGUGAUCUUAAUGAAUACAUGAAGACUUUAUUGGAUUUUGAUAAUGUGGCACAUAAGAAUUUCUUCUUAGAACUAGCAAGGAGAAAGUUUCCAAAAAACACUCCAGCGGUAAAGCAACCUAAAAAGAAGAUUUCUAAAAACAAGCAACAAGUAGAUUAUGUGAGUCCCGAGGUGCCGCCACCAAUGAAAAUUGAAGAGGUGGAGUCUAAAUCUAAGAAGAAAACUAAAUAUGUCAACCUUUAUUCUCAAGAGGGGAAACACGCACAAGUGGUUCAAUUGAAAGGUCGGCACCACUGUGACUGUGAAGCGUCCAAGCAUGAUUUGAUCAACAACUGCCUGCAGUGCGGCCGUGUGGUGUGCAAACAGGAGGGCUCCGGACCAUGCCUUUUCUGUGGAAAUUUAGUAUGUACACCGGAAGAACAGAGGGAGAUCAACACUAAAACAAAAUCUGGUGCUAAGCUAGCGCAGUCAUUGAUGGAGAAAAGUCGCCCUAAGGGCUGGGAAGAGGCCAUAACGCAUCGUAAUAGACUUCUGGAGUAUGAUCGUACAAGCGAAAAGCGUACCCACGUGACGGACGAUGACAGCGACUACUUCAUGGCUAGCAGUGUGUGGCUCAGCGAGACAGAGAAGGAGCGCCUACGCCAGUAUCAACAGAAACUCCACGAUAAGAAACAUGCCUCGCGUCGCGAUAAGAAAAUGGUGCUGGAUUUCGCUGGUCGUCAGGUGUUAGAUGACAACACUAUAGACCACGAGCCUGAUGAAGUCCAUCUGCGGUCCCUGAUGGAUCACAGUAGCGGUCACAGUGGUGGUGGGAGCGGUGGUGGUGGUAAUCAGCUGCUUGGAGGAUUAUUGGAUGGGGACAGAGACGUGGCGCCAGGAGUGAAUGCACCGCUGUUACAGUUUGACGAAUCAGUGAAACCUCAAGUCUAUCCAGUGCAGAACCAGAUGUGGCAGAACUCCAGGGUGCAAGACCUGGAGCUGCAGGAGAUGAGCGACACCGGCAAGUGCCUGUCCAUGCACCAGCCCUGGGCGUCAUUGCUGGUGGAGGGGAUCAAGCUUCACGAGGGGCGCACGUGGUACAGCAACCACCGCGGCCGGCUGUGGAUCGCGGCCACCGCCAAGCCGCCCGACCAGGCCGUCGUGCGCGCCAUAGAAAACCAGUACCGCGUGCUGUAUCCCGAGAAGCAAUUUAAGUUUCCAUCGUUCUACCCGACCGGCUGCUUGCUCGGCUGCGUCAACGUAGACGAUGUGUUGCCACAAGAGGAGUAUGAUAAAAAAUACCCCGGCGGCGAGAGCGACAGUCCCUAUGUGUUCAUCUGCUCCAACCCCCUCAGCCUGAGACUGCGCUUCCCGGUCAAGGGGCAGCACAAGAUAUAUAAUCUGGAUAAAUCUAUACACCAAGCGGCCAUAAAGUGUAUUCAGAAAAUGGGCAAAAUGGAGGCCGAACAAGUGAGUGCUGGGUAAAUAAACAAAGUAU